CGAAAUAACUCGGCCUACAGGCCACUAGGCAACAGUCACACAUUCCUUCAGGUGGGUUAGGCUAGGCCUACAGACAUUUUGGCCUUGCCACACACGUCUGAUUCAGAGGAGGAGAUGAAGGAAGAAGGCGCUGCCCAGGAAACAUUUGAAGUGGAACAAUUUUGUCAUUCAAAAUCUAAAAUUGAUCAAGCACUUGGGAGGAUGCAAGACUUUCUCAGGGAAGAGACUGGUGAAAUUGACACACUAAUGAAGUCCCUCAGGCACAUUAACCAAUCUGUCACAGACAGAUCACAGUGCAGGAUCAAGUGCUUGCCAAAGGACUUCACUGACAGAGAGAUGAACAACAAUGACGAACGCUCAACAGAAGUAAAUCAGGAGCACUUGACAACUGACCAAAUGGAGAUCAAGCAGCGUUUCAACGCUCUUAAACAAAAAGAGAUGAAACUGCAGUGUCAACUAAUAGAAAGAAACGAAGAGUUUGAAAUGGAGAAGAUAGUUCUGGAGAGGGAGAGAGUGCACGAAAGAAUGGAUUGGGACAGGUAUAUGCAGGAGAGAGAAGCUGCUUUGCUGUCUACAGUGAUGUCUGUGAUGAUAAAGCGAAAAAAGAUGAUGGAGGAGUUGAGAAAUCAAGUAGUGAGAGAGAGCACCAGCAACACGAAACGUAUGGAAGGAGCAGUCAAGAAUUGCUGUGGGACACGCAGGAAGUGGUGGAGUUUUCGAAAAUUUGAAAACAAUAUUCCUCGUCGGUGGACUUCCACAAGCAGAGCUUUUAAAAACAAGUGUGAGUGUGGCAGGCACACAGAUAACAGAGGACAGACAUCAGCAGCUGCCAAUCAAGGAGGGCUGCUUCAGGUUGGCCCAGCAGGAGAGGUCAUCCCAUCUCAACAUUCAGAUCCAAGCAAUGGUGAGGACCAUACAGACAGCACUGUAGAGUUAAUUAGACAGAAAGAACUGAAAAAGAUUGCCAUAAUGGAGAAGAGGGUUCGAGGGGCUGAAAUGAAAAGGCAGGCAAAAGUAGGACGGAAAGCUAAAAAGACAGAGAAGAAACGGAGGAAGAAAGAGAUGAAGACCUCUGCUCAGAUGGAAGAUAGAGUGAAAGAUGUCACACUGAGGGAGCAUGCAGAACAGAAUGAACUGAAGAUAGCUGAGCAGGAGAAACAGAAAGGACUUGGCAUCCUGCACAGGAUGGGUUGGAACACCCACAAAAGAGGGAUCAAAUCGAACAAGACUGUAACCAGCCCAUGAGCCUUAGCCUACAUGAUUGCAUGAUUUUGCUUCCUUAAAAUUAAUAUAAAAAACAUGA